AUGCAGUUGACGGCACCACUCGUUUCAUAUUACUCCAAGACACUACAUGGACUCUUACUCAACACAAGAGCAGAAAAGACCAAAUCGUUCUUGGCUUCAUCUCCUGUCAAGCUUCUCUCUAGUUUCUGGGGAGGCAGCUCAGUUCACAUCUCUGAUACAGCAAGUCUAGGCUCAAAACACAAGCAGGUGCCUUCAAUACACCGUAACAACAGCCAAGCAUCUGUCGUAAGCUCAAUAAGGGGAGGCAAGGACAGUGUUACUCAAGAGGAAACAAGGACCGAAAACCCAUUAGUACGCCUAGAGCAGACGUUUACUGGAUAUGUUGCGGCUCUCCAGUCUCGCAAGGGUCUUAUUAUUGGUCGGACAUUGCUCCAACGCUCUGUGGUUGAUGAGCUGUCUGUGAACGAACUAUAUAACAGACUGAUUGAGAGCCCGUUUGACGUCGAUGCCGCCGCCGAUCUAGGCACCGAGGUCAUAUUUGUGGCUUUCGAAAAGUUCCUUCGCAUUGCUUGGACUGAUCAAAUCGGCCCUGUCAUGUCAAUGCAUUCCCUAGAUACGCUCCAGGCGCGGGUGAAUAAGAGAGUGCCCGGAGACUUUGCGGACUUUGUCAACUUUUUGUUUGGAGACAUGGCACCACAGAAUCGUCGCGCUUUCACUGCCCUCAUCAAGCUUUUGGCCAAUCUGCUGGACGGGUGCGGCAACGAUGGUGACAGGGGAGCGUUAACACUUGCUUUUGCAGAGCUGCUCGUCUACGACGGAACAGCUCCUAAUUAUAUCAAUCUUCUUGAUCGUUUGGUGGAGGACUGCGAUCGAAUUUUCGAAGAACCUGGUUUAAAUCACAGUUUCAAUCUCGAUAACUCGACAUAUGAGUCGAUCAACUCGGCGAUCCGUGGCAAGGGGUACACACCCUCACUGGCCUCAAACACUUCAUCGCUGCGGCGCAAAUUUGGGUUCGACAAUCUGCUACGGCAAAAUAGCAGAGACGAGAGACCUUCAGUAUGGCGACAACUCAGUAAGCACAGAAAUCCCGCCACAGGCGAGGUAAACAGCUUAUCUAAAGCAUCGUUAGGCCGCUCGAGGUCUAUCGACGACAACACACUGCCCAAAAAGCUGUCAAGACGCCCAGGUUCCAAGGAUCGUCCGCCCAUAGCAGGGGCAUUUGACGAAAUGCAGAGACCUGGCAGCUCUCAUAGAUUAUUGGAGACAAUCGGUGAGCCGGAGACAGAGAAGCCACUCCCACGAUCACCCAGGAAGAAGCGGCGUAGUUCAUUGUCAGACCUCAAGAGUCUCAUGGCAGCUACUACACUCGAUGACGACGCUGAAUCACCGCAACCGCUUCAAGACGCAAAGGAAACAUCAGAAAAGGUCAACGCGAGCCCCAAGGCGACAUCUCCGUCUAGAAUACCUGUUAGUCCCGGUGUAGCGACGUUGAGAGGUUCCAAGCAGAAGGAGAAUGUUCCAGAUCCGUUCCAGCAAAUUACGUCGCCGAAUACUUUGGCGCCCAGUCCCAUGGAACUUUCAGAAGAGCCAACACGACGCACGUCACCAGCCAAAGGUCACAGGCACUCAAGGACCCUGUCAUCAACUAAUAUCCCGACACUGCGCCCCUACCGCUCAGCGCCUCCAGGAUCUGAAUCACCGCCCCGUCCAAGCUCAAGUCCAACCAGGCGAGGAACGCAGAGACUCCGCUUACAGUCACCACAAAAGCUUCGAGAGCGGCUCAACACUGAGAAGCAGGCUGUCGACGAGGUGGACGCUUCUCUCAGAUCUGAGCUAUCCAAAAUCGGUGAGGAAAUGGCACGUGUCAACAAUACACGACCUCCGGGCUCCCAGUCUGUCGAUAUGAGACGAGUCAGUGCUGCUGUUCGGGAGUUGGAAGACCGCAUUCCCACUGCUAUUCAGGAACUACAAGACAAGCAAAAUGCGAUCCAGCGCGACAUGGAAACCACGGUCAAGGCAGCCGAGGCCAAGGUGCGAGCGAUUGACCAGCUAUACAAGGAGGCAGUGGCAGAGAACGAGUUACUAUAUGAGAAGUUCAACGGAGAGCUUGGCAAGAUAGUCAAGGCUCUCAAAGGCAAAGGCAAGGACGAAAAGGAAGAGCUCAUGAUGAGACUCCGCGACCAAAGCGACGAGACAGCACGGAUGAAGAAGGAGAACGCGCGACUGAAGCGCGAGAUGGUGAGUCUCCGCGCGGCGCUGAAGGGGACGACGGAGUAG